CAGAUCUGGUGGCUGCUCCUCUGGAGGGAGGUGGGCAUCGCCAGCAGCCCGGGUGCCCGAGGCGCGGACGUCGCCGACGAGGGCGGGGGCACGUUCGGCAGCUCCGCGGAAGAGGCCGCGUCCGCGGGGGACGAGCUGCCGGUGCUGGGCGACGACGGCCUCCCGAGCUCGGAGCUCGCGUGGAGCCCGCAGACCUUGUCCGUCGUCCUGCCCUGCGCCGGCGAGGGGGAGUACGCGCUGAACACGGUGCGGUCGGUCUUCGAGACGAUCCCCGAGAAGGCCCUCGCGGAGAUCAUCGUCGUGGACGACGGCAGCCAUCCGCCCCUGGAGGUGUCGCACCUCACCGAGGAGGUGAGGCGGAAGUACCGGGUGAAGGUCAUCCGGCACCGCACGACGGUGGGCUUGAUAGGCGCCAAGAAGGACGGCGGCGACGCGGCCCGGGGUGACAUCGUGGUCUUCUUCGACUGCCAUGUGG